UGCCCGCGGUAGGUACAGUACAGGGAAGAAGAAGAAAUCCGCCGCAGAAUCGCGACGAUUUAAGGCGCCGCAACGAGCUCUCAUUCAUAGUCAGCGACUCAGAAUCGUGGAACUACACCCGGCCAUGGACUCGCCAUCUCCUUGGAGAACACUACUGGCCUCUCUCAUCAUACUCAUGGCGCUCGUCUCGCCCACCGCAGCCCCGCCGCCAACCCCCGGGGAGCAAGCAGGGGCGCUCCUGGCCUGGAGAGCCACCCUCGGCGGCCAAAGCCAGCGCGCCCUGCGAUCCUGGGGAAACACGUCGACGCUCUGCAGCUGGCGCGGCGUCAGGUGCGGCGCGCGGCGCCGGCCGGUGAUCACCGGCGUCCACCUGCGCGGGGUGCGGCUCGCAGGGACGCUUGGGUCCCUCGACUUCGCGGCCCUGAGGGCCCUGACGAGUCUCGACCUCUGGCGCAACAGGCUGGCCGGGAGCAUUCCUCCGAGCAUCGCGGCCCUCGGCGAGCUCCAUGCCCUGCUCCUGCAAGGCAACCAGAUAAGCGGCUCCAUCCCACCUUCUCUAGCAAACCUCACGAGGCUGCAUCUCCUGAUGCUCCAUGACAACCAAAUCUCCGGCGAAAUAGCAGGACAGAUAGGAGAGCUGGGUAACCUUGUGAGCCUAGACUUGUCAGGCAAUCAGCUGGUUGGUAGUAUCCCCUGUGAAAUAGGCCACCUAAAUCACCUGGUCAGGUUGGAUUUGUCUGACAACAAGCUUUCAGGUCCGGUUUCCUUCUGUCCAGCCAAUAACUCCACAGUAAAUUUAGAAAAUCUGAAUAGGCUGUCAUUAUCCAGGAAUAACCUAGCAGGUCCCAUUUCCAAAGAUAUUGUGAAUUUAUCCAGCCUCCAACACCUCGACAUAAGCCAAAACAAUUUUUCCGGCUUGAUCCCGGGCGGUGUAGGUGGCCUGAACAAACUCACAUUCCUGCAUCUUUCAGAUAAUCAGCUUUCGGGACCGAUUCCUCCGGAAAUCGGAAACUUACAGAGGCUUAAGCAGCUUAACCUUAGUGCAAACCAUCUUGAAGGCUAUAUUCCAACUAGUUUAGGAAACUUAACACAGUUAACAGCUCUAAAUCUUUCGACUAACGAGCUCAUCGGGCCCAUCCCUAAAGAAAUAAGGAAUUUAGUGAACUUAGAAAGUUUGGGACUAGGACAGAACAAACUUACGGCGUCCAUUCCAAACAGUCUGGGGAAUCUGACAAAACUCACCACCUUGGACCUUCAUGAUAACCAACUUUCUGGAAACAUCCCUCGAGAGCUAGGUUAUUUAGUGAACUUGGAGGAAUUGAACAUUUACAACAACACACUAAGUGGUUCCAUCCCAAGUAGCUUAGGGAACUUGACAAAGCUCACAACUCUAUACCUUUGCUAUAACCAAUUGUCUGGAUCCAUUCCACAAGAAAUUGGAAACUUGAGAAAUCUCGUUUGGUUGACUCUAAGUUCUAACAAACUCUCCGGUCCCCUGCCAUCCGGUCUUUGUUCCGGAGGCCGGCUACAAAAUUUCACUGCUUAUAACAACAUGUUGGUUGGACCCUUGCCAACAAGCUUGCUAAGAUGCACAAGCCUGUUGGGUGAUCUUACCAUGCUUGAAGCCUUGAAUCUUGCACAUAAUGCAUUAAGCGGCAGAAUUCCGCCAUCAUUUCAACGCAUGAACAGCCUCUUAUACAUGGAUGUGUCUUAUAACAAACUAGAAGGGCCCGUGCCACAAAGCAGGCUCUUCAAAGAAGCUCCAACCGAAUGGUUCGUGCAUAAUACACAUUUAUGCGGUGAUGGUGUGAAAAGUCUGUCCCCUUGUGACCACACGUCAAGUUAUCAAAAAGGAAGGAAGUCUAGAGCUAUUUUACUAGCUACAAUACCUGCCACUGUGACUUUUUUGCUCAUUACUGCACUAGCAACAUGGCAAUGUAAAAGGAAGAAAUCCAAGGCUGAAAGUGCAAAGGGACUGGAACAGGUCAAGAUGUUCGCCAUCUGGAACUUUGACGGGGAAGAUGUGUACAAGCAAAUUAUUGACGCCACAAAAGGAUUCAGCGAUGCUCACUGCAUUGGAACUGGAGGGAGUGGAUCUAUCUAUAGAGCCCAGUUACCAACAGGUGAAAUAUUUGCAGUGAAGAAGAUUCACACGAUGGAAGAUGACAAGCUAUUCCAUCGUGAAAUAGAUGCUUUGAUUCAUAUUCGGCAUCGCAACAUUGUGAAGUUAUUUGGCUACUGCUCUGCUGCUCAUCAGAGAUUUCUUGUGUAUGAAUAUAUGGAUAGGGGAAGCUUAGCAAAAUCUUUGCAGAGCAAGGAAACUGCAAUUGAGUUGGAUUGGGCAAGAAGAUUAAAUAUCACUAAGGAUGUUGCAAAUGCUCUGUCCUACAUGCAUCAUGAUUGCUUUGCACCGAUAGUCCAUAGAGAUGUAACUAGCAGCAACAUUUUGCUUGAUAUGGAUUUCAGUGCCUGUAUAUCAGAUUUUGAUCUAGCAAAAGUACUAGAUGGAGAUGCACCAAACUGUACAAGGCUUGCUGGGACGAACGGAUAUCUUGCCCCAGAGCUUGCGUACUCAACAAGGGUGACAGAGAAGUGUGAUGUCUAUAGCUUUGGAGUACUUGUGCUCGAGUUGUUCAUGGGACAUCAUCCAGGUGAUUUUCUUUCUUCCAUGGCCAACAGAAGUGCACCACUUGAGGAUUUGUUGGACAUCCGGCUCCCAUUCCCUGAAACUGAAAUAGCAAGUGAAAUAUUCAAAGUGAUCGUGUUUGCUGUUUGUUGCAUAGAACCAAAUCCAUCAUACCGUCCAACGAUGCAACAAGCAAUCAAGGCGUUCUCUACAACUGAAAGACCUGAUGAUCAGCUUGAUUAUCAGCAAACUGACAUUGUCAUCCCUUCCACCUAGUCGUGAAUGUGCUCAAGACAUUUUUUCUUCAUUUUAAUUAGAGAACGUUUGCAAUACAUCAUUUGUAUGGUGUUUCAUUUUUGCAUGACUACAUGCCAUGUACAAUUUAUGUUGGUUGUAAGAAAUUGAGAAGAAAAAAUUGUUACUCCCUCCGUUCACAAAUAUAAGAUGUUUUGGAUAUUUCAAUAUGGACUAGAUACAGACUCAAAUGAGUGAACAAACACAGUUAAAUGUGUCUAUAUAUGUCCAAUUCAUAAAAAACUUAGAACACCUUAUAUUUGUGAACGGAGGGAAUACUAGUUUGGUUCUUGUAAAUAUUUCUAUAGCAGGGCUCUUGCUGUCUAUCCUAUGUGUGAUUCUUGAAGGAUUAUAAUUUAUAAUUCUUACGAGUUUUCUCUACAUGCACUAUUUGAUUUGUAGGAUUGCAAUCCAAGGAUUUUUUUUCCAUAGGAUUCAGUUUGAGUGGUGUGCUAGUGAUAGGCUUCUCAAUACUUGGAUUGGUUUUGUUUAUCAUGUUCGUUCGAGUAGUUUGAUAGUUUUGUUCUCAUUUCUGGCAAGACCAUUGUUUGCAAACUUUGUACUCAGCAAUGUAAUAACUUAAGUCAUAUGCAUCUCAUGAUGCAGAGAGCAGGGCUAAUAAAAAACUUUUGUUAUCAACUUUUACAAUGGUGGAAUAUGGAGCACUGUCUAUGUAUGCUACAUGUAUUAAUUAGAUGGUUUCCAAGGGAUACAUGAGAGAUAAUAGAAAUGCAAAUACGGUUAAAAAAAAGUGCAAAUCUAUCAUUGCAGAAAAGUAGACAGGACUUGCGAUGUUUCGUUAACGAGGUUCACCAUCGUGGCUAAUCCUGAGGAAU